GACAGCCAUCGUCCCGGCCGCCGGUGUUCCUCUCGAUGAAGAACGGCGAGCGAUCCGAGGCGCGUGUGUCGUCUCCGUAGUAGCGAAUUCCCCGAAGCCGACCGUCGCGUCGCGCCGGUGUGUGUGUUUUUGGUAUCGCCAUUUAUCUUCGCCGACUAAGGACGCCGACUAAAGCGGCGGCCUUCCUGUUGACGUGCGCGUAAGCGAAGCGAGAGCGAAAGCGCGCGCCGAUCCGCCACGUGCGAUACGGCCGUGAAGGUGUGUUGCCCCGUGUUGUUUUCAUGUUUACCGCGGAGGACCGCGCGCGUUGCGCCUACGAUAGCGUCGGGCGUUAUUGUAUACACCACGCGAGACGGAUCUCCUUUUCUCUGUCUCUGCCGACGAGGCCGCGGGACCACGCGGGACAGGCCCUCCCGAUUAAACCAACGCCGAACCACGCCGCGACACGAGACCCGCGAACAGCCGCGAGUGGACAGCCCGCAUUGUUUACCGUUCGUGCCGACUCGACGGAACGGAGUGGGCUUUGUUUUUCUCCUGGCGAAAAUCAAAGAGCGCGAGUCACCGCGUAUCAAUCAGUUCACCCGCGUUAGCUCUCGUUCCUACCCCAUACUGCACAAACAAUGGACCGUGGGUCGUUAAUAGCACACGUAUCGAGCAACGAAUUUCCGCGAAUCGCGUAUGCCGGGUCAUGAAUCAUUAAUGGCGCGUAUAGUCUGGAGCUGGUUUUACGGAAGGACGGAGCGACGAGCGACGAGCGCCGGUCUACCCCGUCUUGUUUGCCGCUACACGCUGCUCCUUGUUGUGACUUGUGAUUUCGGGACUGUCGGCAUGGCAAGUAAUGUGGGACACGGCAACGGUGGCAGUGCUCUAGUGAUUCUAUUAUCGACGCGCCAUCGACGUCGUCUAGGUCCACUUUCAGCCGGAGGAACGACGCUGUAUCUACGGCCCACAUAAUUACGGCGUGCGACGACGGCGACGCAAUUAUGAAGGCCAAAAUGUACUUCGUUUUCAAUAAGAAGUACAUUUGAAGCGCUGCGAGGAUACUUCGAAGGCGUCAACCGCGGUCAGCCCUUACUUGUACGCUCAACCCUUGCGGAAACUCGUGCAACCUCAAGACUUCUGAUUCUUCCGGGGAAGGAAACACCCCCCCGCGAGUUUGAAACCGGGUUAACCGGAGCCGGCACGGGGAGGGAGAAUCGGAGAGGGUUCACGCGAGCCUGGACGAACGCGGACGAUCGAUCGAUUACCUCCUUGAGGGAGGAGGGGGAGGCGGCGGAGGAGGCGCAGAAUAACCGAGGGUGUUCUUCUCGUGGUGAAACCGCGUCGCUUUUAAUCCGCAGGUACGGCAGGAGAAUUGUGUGUACGAGUGGUAUUCAUUAAAAAUAGAACGGAAAAUAUAAAUCUCCCCGGAUCUCGCUGCUUCUUGGGUUAACGGGAUGGCGCUGUGGCCGUCCAAUUUUAAUGAGUUUUGGAUAUUAUCCCGGCGAAAGAGAAAAGAAACGCUUUCUUUUCCCGCGCACUAUUACUCAGAUAUAUUUCAUUAUUAAUCUCGGAAAUUGGAAAGCAGCGGACUGACGCGUUCUGGAAGGAAUAGCACUGCACAUUCCUUCUAACACUUUAUGAAUUGCUUAAGCAUUUAAUUUCAAUAUAGGACUCGUGGGUUAAAGGGGUCAAUUACUGUAAUACAGAACUCGCAAACAUUUAUUAUAGCUCGUUCGUUUCUUUUCACACGAUAUAAUUCUGAUCGCGAUAACCGAGCAAUAUUUUAGCUGGCUAUUUCUUUCUUUCUCUCUGUUUUUUUUUUAGAUUGUGAACUAAAGGCGGUAGCGAGACAAAGCAUUAUCGUCGCAUUAUAGUUCCGAGCAGCGUUUCCGUCUUUGAAUAGGGAACUGAAUAGGGAACUACGAACCGUUUUGCAGUCUAGUAAUUAGCGCCUUUGAGAAGCCCAAGAAAAAGGUCAAACAAUCGGACGCAACCGAGGCCGUGGACGGGGGAGGAAGAAACGGACGAAGGAGAAGUAGGGACGAGCAGCUCGCAGGGUCGACUAUCAAUCGUCGAUCAAUCAAAGAAAACGAAAGUGGUGGUCGGGGCGGCACGUGGGGAUAAGGUCGGGAACGUUCAACGGGAGGCUUUGAAGCGCGCGGUGUUCAAUGAGACAAGGAGAUGAGGACGAGGAAGUUGCUGCUGCCGAUCGUUCUGUUGUGCGUAACGGUAGUGGGCCUGGCGCUUUGCCAGGAGAAAAGGUGGCCGAGAGCGGCCACGAAGCAUCGGGAUAAAAGCGCCAAGGGCAAGGUUGGUUACGCGAACAGUGAGGAGGACUUGCAGGACGUUUUCAAUCACAGCUCAUGGACCAGCGACGAUGACGCCAAAAUUGCGGACAUCCUGGGCAUUCGCAACAAUCGAGCGAUCGGUAACUCUACUAGAUCUACGGAUGUCGGGUCUAAAACCAAUCAGCAGUCUAGUCAAUCGUCAAAUCUGCCCAAGUCGCACGCGAAAUCGAGCGAGGAGGUAGGACGAGAGAAAGUCCGGAGAUACAAGAAUAUGACAAUCGGGGACGGUAUCUGUCAGAGCAUAGACAUCAGGAACGACGUUAACAGUUUUAUAGUAUUGAAAGACUGCCGUGUGAUCGAGGGCUUCCUGCAAAUUGUAUUAAUCGAGAACAACACCGAGGCGGAUUUCGAGAACGUUAGCUUCCCGGAACUGAGAGAGAUCACCGGCUACUUUCUUUUGUAUCGCGUGGACGGUCUGAAGAGCCUCAACAAACUCUUCCCGAAUCUCGAGGUCAUCAGGGGCGAUAUACUCCUCACAGACUUCACGUUAAUGAUUUACGAGAUGAAGAACUUGCAGGAGAUUGGCCUCACCAACCUGGCAAAGAUAUCCCGUGGUGGUGUACGCAUAGAGAAGAAUCCCGCUCUCUGUUUUACGAAUACCGUGAAUUGGAGCCUCAUCGUUCCAUCCGGCGAAAGCUUUAUCAAAGAUAACAGAAUUGAUAAUUGCCCGCACGUGAAAGGAUGCACUCAAUGUCCUGGAGGUUAUUGCUGGACUGCCCAACAUUGCCAAAAGUUAGAGAGACCAAACUGCCACGAGCAAUGUCUCGGGGAAUGUUACGGUCCAAGUGAUACCGAAUGUUACGUGUGCAAGCAUUAUCGACACGACGGAAAGUGUAUCGAAAGGUGUCCGCCCAAUUUAUACGCAUAUCUUUCGAGGCGGUGCAUCAGCAAGGACGAAUGCCUCAAUAUGAACCAUAUCAGAAGGUUUUCUAAAAUGGAAGACAUAAACAUAUGGCGACCUUUCAAAGACUCCUGUGUCACCCAAUGUCCUGACGGUUUCGAGGAUUACAUCGACGACAAAAAUGUGACAGGCUGUCGGGGGUGCUCAGGACAGUGCCGUAAAAUCGAAAAGGGUGCUAUCAUACGCCAUAUUUCGGACGCUCAGUCCUUUCGCGGCAUAACGGUAGUAAAGGGAGCUCUGGAGUUUCAAAUCAGAAAUGGUAACCCAAAUAUAAUGAAUGAAUUGGCAGACGCGUUCGGUUUAAUCGAGGAGAUAUCCGAGUACCUCAAGAUAACGCAUUCUUUUCCGAUCACAUCACUGAGCUUUCUCAAGAAACUCAAAGUGAUCAAGGGUGAAAAUUUGGACAUUAAUAACGCGAGUUUGGUGGUCCUGGAUAAUCCGAAUCUCUCCUCCCUCUUCCCACUGUCCCAAAACAUAACGAUAGAGAACGGCAGACUGUUCUUUCAUUACAAUCCCAAGCUCUGCCUCUCUAAAAUAGAGCAGUUCGGUAAAAUGGUAAAUAUCACCAACUUUACGGAUCUCGAGGUCCAGCCGGAAUCGAACGGCGAAAAAGUUGCUUGCAACAUCGUCAACAUAAAUAUCACGGUGAAAAAGCGGGAGGCGGAUCGCGUAAUGCUCAGUUGGGACAGCUAUAAGCCGCCGGAGGGCCAACAACUUCUCAACUAUCUGCUAAAUUACAUAGAGGCCAAGAACGAGGACAUAACGUACGAGGCGAACGCUUGUGGUAAUAACACGUGGCAGAUCGUGGACGUCGGUAUUCCAAACUUGAAUUCGAUCGUUUCGAAGAACAUCACGAACUUGAAACCGUAUACCAAGUAUGCCGCCUAUGUAAAGACGUUCACGGCAAGGAACAAGAAGAAUGCUUCGAAUUCUUUCGUAAGUCCGGUGGGGCAGUCGGAGAUCAUCUUCUUCCAGACGAAGAGCACGAUACCUUCAGUACCGACGAACGUGAGUUCGAAGGCGAUAAGCGACAGCGAAAUUCUUCUCAAAUGGAGCCCGCCGGUAUAUCCGAACGGUCCUAUAGGCUACUACAUGAUCUCCAGUACACAUCGAUCGGACGACGCGAAACUGGUCGCCUCCCGGGAUUACUGUGUCGAUACUUUGGACAACGAGGCCAAAAAGGAGAUACACGAGGCGACGACAUCACUGACCUCGAAUCCCAAUUCCUGUUCCUGUUUCAAAGACCGGAAGAUCUCUAAACAAUUCGAGAUAUUCUGUCAUACGAAUAUAACCCUCAGCCACUUGUCGCCUGGCUGGAAGGAUUACUGUGUCUUCAAUAGUUACAAUUCGCCGGAGAGUAAGUUUUACGACGUGACGAACAAUUUAUUCACUACAACGCGAGAAGAGCAGAAAACUGGGUCGGACGUUUCGGCUAACACUGGUAGCGGCAUCACGAUCAGCCAUCUGAAUGACGAGGAAUAUACGAUGUACAAUGUCAGUGCGCGAAAUACUUUGUACAUUUUGAAGAAUUUGAGCUACUAUUCUUUGUACACUAUCACGAUUGCCGCAUGUGGCGUCAAGAUGGAUAGCGACGAACCCAUGUGCUCGACCAUUCAGUAUACGAAUGUCCGGACGUUGAAGCGACCGAGCGCGGACGAUGUUCACAACGUGAAGGUCCAAGUGACUAACAAUACUAUCGUCAAAGUCGUUUGGGAAUCGGUCAAGGAUCCAAACGCAUUCACUGUCUCAUACACCAUCGAGUACACGAAUCUGGACGUGAAGGAUGCGAAGAAGAGCACCGAGUGCAUACCGUACAUCGGCCGCAGGGAGAAGCACAUCAGUCACUACAUCAGAAACCUCAGUCCGGGUAGAUACAGCCUGCGAAUACGCUCCACGUCGCUAGCGGGCGACGGCGUCUUCACCGAUGUGGUCUACUUCUCAGUUGGUUUAUCGGACAACAAUCGAAUAAUGAUAGCGACGCUGCUGACUCUAAUUGUGCUGGUCAUCACUGUGACCACGGUAAUACUCUUUAUCAGGAACCACCAGAAGAAGAAGACUCAGGAACGACUGAUAGCCAGCGUGAAUCCAGAUUAUAUCGAGACAAAGUACGUCGUCGAUAGCUGGGAGGUACCCAGGGAGAACGUUGAGAUUCUGGAGGAGCUCGGUCUGGGUAACUUCGGCAUGGUGUACCGGGGAUACCUGGACGGCACCGGACAAGUAGCCAUCAAAACGAUCUCCGAGACUGCCAGCCAGCGGGAAAAGAACGAGUUCCUGAACGAGGCCUCGGUCAUGAAGAACUUUUCGACAUGGCACAUUAUCAAGUUGCUGGGCGUAGUCUCCAUGGGCAAUCCGCCAUUUGUCAUCAUGGAGCUCAUGGAGAACGGUGAUCUGAAGACGUAUUUGCGCAGGAUACGUGACACGCAGAUGGUGCCGAACGCAUCCAGGAUAAUGAGAAUGGCCGCUGAGAUCGCCGACGGUAUGGCCUACCUGGAGUCGAAGAAAUUCGUGCACCGCGAUCUGGCCGCCCGCAAUUGCAUGGUGUCCAAAGACUUGGUCUGCAAGAUCGGCGACUUUGGCAUGGCGAGAGAUAUCUACGAGACCGAUUACUAUAAGAUCGGCAAGAAGGGCCUGCUGCCGAUACGCUGGAUGGCGCCGGAGAAUCUCUCCGACGGCGUAUUCACGUCCGACUCGGAUGUUUGGUCGUUCGGCGUCGUGCUCUACGAGAUACUUACCCUCGCCGAGAUACCGUAUCAGGGUUUCUCGAACGAGGAGGUGCUGCAUCACGUGCUACGCAAAGGCAUGCUGAAUUUACCGCGGAACUGUCCCGAGACCAUACAGAAGAUCAUGGAGAAAUGCUUCAAGUGGCGACCCAGCGAACGCCCGACCUUCAUGGAGAUCGUCUCCGAGCUGGAGCCGUUCCUAGGCCAGGACUUUUGCGAGAAGUCAUUCUACCACUCGGACGAGGGCAUCGAGAUACGUAGCCUCGGCAUCAAGAAGGUCUAUCACAAUGCCGCGCCGAUUCGUUUUCACUGGGGCCACGAAACCGCGAGGUGGGUGAAGGACUUUGAGGACAACGUGACGUUGCUCGAUCAGAUGAAGGCGGGCACCAGCCGAGCACGGAUCUUCAAGAACGGCUUUCAGCAUUUUGGUAAUGUAACGAACUUCGAGGAUGUUCCGCUCGAUCGAUGAGAUUAGUCGAUGUAUAUAUACUGUUGAACGGGAAAACUCAACAGAACGAGAUGUAACUACUUGAAACCGUGUUUAAUCGCAAAAGGAAGGACAUGCAGAUAUUAACGUACAAACAAUACUCAGGGCAAUACGCGAGUGGUCUGACGUGGCCGUUGGACGAAAAUAUGUAAAAAUGUUACCAAGUCGCUCGCACGCUCGUUCGCUCACUUGCUCGCUCGUUUCGUUCGUUCGUUCGUUGCUGCGGCGACAAGUGUUUCAUGUCCUUCUCUUGUUGCGGAUCAAACCUUAACGGUGGAUAGCAGAGAGAAGAACCUCGCUGCCGCGCAUCGUCGCGACGGCGUAUGGAAAAAGAGUGUUCGUAAUAGAAGCUAAGUUGUCGAACAAUUAGGUAAAUAAACGUAGACGCGUAAUAUUUCGUAAUCGAAAGCCGUGGCUUCAUACACCCGUGUUUCUUUUUCUUAAACACGCCCGAAGUUCUUUAUGCCGUGUAUCAACUAUUCAUUCCUCGUGGGAUUACUUCGUCCCUCGCACGGACGUAUAAAUUCUGAAGCAACUCUUUCCGAAUUCCGUUUCAUGAUAAUUUCGAGAUUGACUUCUAUGCUGUCGAAGGAGUUCGAUCCUUUUCCACACUUUCGAUUUAGACAAUCUUGGUUAGGAAAUAAUCAGGAUGUUUGUUGAUUGAUAUACAACGUGACAAAAACGUCACUUUCAGUCGGAGUCUGCAUUUCCGCGUUUGAGAUCGCACGAUGCUAAUCAAGUGGCACAUUGCCACAGUCUUUCCGGGAGAGAUGCUCUCAUUUCUUUUUUGCCCUUUCGAAUUCGGCAAAUGUUGUUUCAGGACCAAAUCGAGACACAGAAGAAUGAUUUCUAUAAGCCAGAGUUCCUUGUCACAUGCGUACACACACCUGUAGCACGAUACGUUACAGCGUAAUCUCAAGGUUGUAAAUAGUUAACUCUAACUCGCAGUUCGUAUAUGGUAAGUUAAAAUAGAACUGGAUGCAAUAUACGUCGCGCAUAGUCUUGUAAUACAUAAUAAUUUAUAUCCAGAGAAAAAGAUGGGUGAGAGCGCGAGAGGGAGAGAGAGAGAGAGAGAGAGAGAGAAUGUGUUUUAAAAAAGACAAACUUCACCCUCGCAUGUAAAUAAAGUCACAAGUCUCUUCCUCAAGAGUUGCGGGUACCUCGUAGGUAAAUUAUUGCAAUAAGAGCGUGUCUACAAUCCACGAGCCACAAUCUUCACAAUAAAAUUAGCGUGAUGGAUAAGACAGGGGGGAUAAAGGG